GAGCGCCGGGUCCGCACGCUCCUACACUCUCUAGCCCGUCGUAGCCUAACCGCUACACCCCGCCUCCACCAUGCUACACCCUCUACGGUGACUUGAAGUGCUCGUAUAGCAUUGCAUCCCCCGGGAGGUCUCUAGCGCCUGGAACCCGGGCCCGAGCCCUCGAGGACCCCUCAGCCCCACAACAUGCCUGCCUAUAUCGUCAAAAUCCGUAAGAAAGAGGACCUGAACAACCUAACAGGGGUUCAGAAGAGCGGUGGAACCACCGUGUACAAGAUUCGCCUCAACAAUAACAUUAGCAGCGAGUGUCCGGAUGUGGUUGGCCACGACCUCGGCAACCCUCUUAGUGUCGCUAACGUUCGGACUAACAGCUGUAACAACGCUAUGGUUAACUACCGGUCUAGUAACGCAGUGAGUAACAAUGUUGUAUACAGCAACGGCAGUGAGAACGAUAACGGAAAUGUGUACCUGAACGAUAACGGAAGUUCGUACCCGAACAAUAGUUUGUGUUCGCUCGGCUACAGCCUGGAGCGGCGCGCCGUCAAAGUAGCAGAUUUCGCCAGUAAAGUGUGUUCCGUAGUGGGCCGCACCAGCUCCAGCAAGGUAGAGGAUGUUAUCGACGAGAUCCUUAACCUGGAGGAGGGGCUGGACGCCGGCGACACCCUCAAGCCCUACGACAGACAGAGUUCGAAUCCCGCGCCAGUAGUGAACAACGGAGGUCCUGGCUCCAUCUGCGACCUCCUGGGCUUGAACAGCUACGUGGGCAAGACGUCCAGCGCCUCCGACGGGGGUCAGGUCAAGACGGAGACCUCCGGUAACGACCAGCAGAUGGUCGCAUUUAUCAAGGACAGACAGAAGAAGGAUAACCACAAUAUGAUUGAACGACGGCGGCGGUUUAACAUUAAUGAUCGGAUCAAGGAGCUGGCAACACUGCUGCCCAAGAGCAACGAACCGUAUUUUGAGCUUGUUCGGGAUCUUCGACAUAACAAAGGACAGAUUCUGAAGGCCUCUGUAGACUACAUAAGGCGGCUCAAGUUAGACAUAGAAUACAAUAAGGAAGUUGAAGCCAAGCGACGAGCCCUUGAACAACAAAACCGCCAGCUUCAUUUACGAAUACAGGAGCUGGAGAGUCGGCUCCGGACGAAUGGCAUCAAGGUGGACGAGACGAAUAUUGACCAGUCUCUACUGCUGUCGACGCUAAUAAAGUCUGAGGUGGUAAAUAACACAGGGGGUCAGAACGAUAUGAAGAAGGUGAGGUGUAACUACAAUCUCCCUGGAUCCCUGCUUGACGAACUAUUGGAAGACUUCACAUCAGGCGCAUUUAACUUGGACCUGAUGGACGACGACGGUCCGGCUUUCACAAGUGAUCCGGUAUUCUCCUCCCCUCAGGUCUCCUCCCCUAACUCAUCUCAUCAUUCAUUCGAUGACGCCCUUACUCCAGACUCGAUGGAUAUUGUUGCGUGAUUGUAUACAAUUGAGUGUGGAUAACGGAGUAACCUAAACGAAAGUCCACGAGGUGUGAUGUGCUCCGAAGACAACAGUUAUAUACAGAGCAUUAAUCAAAGCAUAUGUGAUCUGUUUCACUUAAAUGUGAAGACGUUGUUGAUCAGAUCUCAUAUGUUGUACGUUAUCAUUAAUGAACUUUCAAAUGUCAUAACUACGAACCCAAUGGACACAAGACAUUAUCAAUGCAGUUAUUAAAACAUUUGCUUGUUGAAGAGAGAUAUAUAGAACUUAAGCAAACAAGAAAAAUUAAAUAAGAUUUAAAAAAAAAAUGAUAUACAAAAAUAAAAGGAAUGAUCUUUAUCUGAACUAAUUAUUCACAU